CAGCAGCAGGGUGAAAUGGCCGCGGUGGAGAGCGGCGGUGGCUUUGGUCAAAAGCGAAGCUCGCAAGACUCUCAGCAACCAUCUCCACUGGCAAUGUUGGCGGCCACUUGCAGUCGCAUCGACACCCCUGGAGAGACCGACUCUCCUGCUGAGCAGCAACAACAGCAGUUGGACAUGACGCAAGGUGUCUUCACUUCCAAUGCCAAUGGCUGGCAGGUUGUCCCCAUUAGCGCACAGGCGUCGUCAUGUGGCGCAACAGCCACCACCGACUCUGCGGGCGUGCAGACCAGCAGUGAGGCCGUCAAAGGCAGAGGCUUGUUGUCCCCGUCGUCCUCUGUGGCCGUAAGCACUCAGCAGCAGCAGUAUGUCGUCGCUCAGGCACCAGCGCUGCAGAGCCAACAAGUGCUCACAGCCAUACCCAGCGUAAUGCCCAAUAUCCAGUAUCAGGUCAUUCCUCAGUUCCAGACGGUGGACGGUCAGUCGCUGCAGUUUGCACAUAGCCAGCAAGAUUCCACCGUGGCUGCCGCUGCAACUCCUGGCCAGCAGUUCCAAAUAGUGUCCUCCGCCAACGGACAACAGAUCAUAGCCGCCGCCAACAGAGGAGCCGGGGCUGGAAACAUCAUUGCCAUGCCCAGCCUCAUUCAGGGCCCUAUUCCCCUUCAGAAUAUCACCUUAGGCAAUGGAGUGUUGCAAAACCAGCCGCAGUUUCUGGCAAAUAUGCCUGUUUCGCUCAAUGGAAACAUCACGCUGUUACCCAUCAGCACUGGAGCGAGCGCUACAACAACAGAAGGUGAUAGCGGUACCCAACUCACCCAACAGCUGCCAACAUCUUCAAGCACCAGUGCAGGUUACAUGACUAGCGCAACCACAGUCACCACGCCAACCUCCUCCUCAUACGGCUUGACGCAGAGCAAUAACGGGACCGUGGCUGCAACAUACCAACCGAAUGCUGCUUCUCUUGGCGUUCCCAUACAACCGGACAACAGGGAUCAGCAGCAGCAACAACAACAGCAGCAGCAGCAGCAGCAGAUCCUCAUCCAGCCCCAACAGGUCUUACAAGGGGCAUCGCCCCUCCAAACCAUUCAGGCUGGUGCUAUCACAGCAGCAGGCGGUCAGGUGUUCGCCACCCCAACUAUUAGCCAAGAAGGUCUCCAAAACCUCCAAAUAAUGCCAAACACCAGCCCCAUCCUGUUGCGUACAGUCGGGCCCAAUGGCCAGGUUAGCUGGCAGACCUUGCAGAUUCAGAGUCCAGCUGGGGCGCAAAUCACACUAGCCCCAGUGGCACAGACUCAGGGAGCCCCCACCGCUGGUGGUGUAUCGGUCAACACCGUGCAAAUCCCUGGGCUUCAGACCAUCAAUCUCAACACGCUUGGAGGCUCGGGCCUACAGAUGCACCAACUUCAGAGCGUCCCCAUCACCCUCACCAGCACGACAGGAGACCAAACGUUACAGACAGGCACAGAGGGCUUGGAUGACACCACACCCCUCGACGACGAGGAUAUUAGCCCACCGUCACAGGGACGCCGCAACCGCAGAGAGGCCUGCACAUGCCCUUUUUGCAAGGAUGGUGAAAGCCGAGACCCAACCAAAAAGAAGCAGCACAUUUGCCACAUGACCGGAUGUGGGAAGAUCUAUGGCAAGACGUCGCACUUAAGGGCCCACUUGCGCUGGCACACGGGCGAGCGGCCUUUCGUCUGUGGUUGGGCCUUCUGUGGCAAACGCUUCACACGCUCAGAUGAGCUCCAGCGCCACAAGAGGACACACACAGGUGAGAAAAGGUUUGCCUGCCCGGACUGUCCCAAGCGCUUCAUGCGAAGCGACCACCUCUCCAAACACAUCAAAACCCACUUUAACAAGAAGGGGGCGCUCCCCAGCAACAGUGUGGCCGCCGCAUCAGACACCCCUCCCGCCACUCACUCCCCAGGUGGCGAGACCUUGUCGGCGGGCGACCAGCACUCCAUCGUCACUAUGGAGACGCUGUCCCCGGAGAGCUUAGCUCGGCUAGCCAGUAGCGGUAUCAGCAUGGUGCAGGUGGACCUGAAUCACAUCAACGGAAAUUACUAG